CAGACUUUAAAAGGGAGGGUUUAAAGGGUCUGUUCUUACUGAAGCAACACACAGACUACUCGACAGCAUAUGUACUGCAGAGAUGGAGCUCAAUCUCAGGCCAUAUCAGGAAGAGGUGGUGCAGGCGGCUCUAAGAGGAGAGAACAGUAUCAUCUGGCUGCCCACCGGUGGAGGGAAAACCCGUGCUGCGGUUUACAUCGCUGAUAAACACCUGGAGACUAAAGCCAACGCCAAAGUGGCAGUGCUCGUCAAUAAGGUGCACCUGGUAGACCAGCACUAUAUGAAAGAAUUUGGCCAAUACCUAAGGCACAAAUACAGGAUAAAGGCAAUUAGUGGUGACAGCAGUGAGAAAGACUUCUUUGGGCGUCUCGUUAGAGUCUCAGACCUGGUCAUCUGCACGGCUCAGAUCCUGGAAAAUGCUCUGAACAACAUGGAUGAGGACAAGCACGUGGAGAUCACUGACUUUACCCUACUGGUCAUAGAUGAAUGUCAUCACACCAAUAAGGAGAGUGUCUAUAACAAGAUUAUGUGGCGUUACAUGGAGAAGAAAGUAAGAAAAGAAGGCAGACUGCCUCAGAUUUUGGGCCUCACAGCAUCACCUGGUACAGGAGGAAACAAGUCAUUGGAUAAAGCUGUUGAACAUGUCCUGCAGAUCUGUGCCAAUCUGGAUUCAAAAAUUGUGUCCACAAAGAACUACACGCCGAUGCUGCAGAGUUUUGUGCCAAAACCCAAAAAGGAAUAUGACAUUGUCGAAAGAAGAGAUAAAGAUCCAUUUGGCGACCACUUGAAGUCAAUGAUGAUAAUGAUUCAUGAGUUUAUGCCAGCAACGGUGAGUCGCAGUCUGCGAGAACUUGGCACCCAGGAAUAUGAGGCUGAUGUGGUGGAACUGGAGAAAGCAGGUGUAAAAGCAAAGAACAGACUGAUCGCUCAGUGCGCUUUGCAUCUACGCAAAUACAACGAUGCCCUUCUCAUUAAUGACACCAUUCGCAUGGUGGAUGCGUUCAGAGUGCUGGAGGAGUUUUACAAUUCAAGAAGCAGCAAGUUACUGGAUGGAACAGAUCUCUUUCUACAAGGACUUUUCGUUGAGAACAGUCUGGAGCUAAAACAUCUGGCAUCGGAUCCCCGAUAUGAAAACCCCAAACUGGCUCAACUGCAGAGCAGAUUGCUAGAAGAGUUCCAAGACACUAAUUCUCGCGGAAUCAUCUUCUCAAAGACGCGCAGGGGCACACAUUGUCUGAAUGACUGGGUGAAGUCAAACCCUGAGCUGCAGAGGGUCAACAUCACUGCUGGCAUUCUGACGGGAGCCGGUACUGGCGCUAACAACAUGACACAGACCGAACAGAAGAGCGUCAUCAGUCAUUUUAGACAAGGAUACCUCAACCUCCUCAUCUCCACCAGUGUGGCCGAGGAAGGACUGGACAUUCCUGAAUGCAACUUGGUUGUGCGUUACGGGCUGUUGACCAAUGAAAUCGCUCAGCAGCAGGCCAGCGGACGAGCUCGAGCUUCCAACAGUGUCUACUCUGUGGUGGCUGACGUAGGUGGACGGGAAGUGCGCAAAGAACUUGUCAACGAGUAUCUAGAAGAUCUCACCGCAAGAGCUAUUGAUGAAGUACAGCGCAUGAGUCCUGUGGACUUUAGACACAAGGUGUUUGAGCUCCAGAAAACCGCUGUGGUGAUUCGGAUGGAGGCUGAAAGGAAGAGGGAUGCGAAAAAGCAGCGCUACACUCCAGGUCAGGUUCAGCUUCAGUGCAGAAGCUGCUUCACUUCCGUCUGCAGCGGAGGAGAUAUCAGGAAGAUCGAGAACUCGCACCAUGUCAACAUUAACACUGAGUUUAAAAAUUACUAUAAAGUUGGUGGCCAAGUGAAUAUGGAGAGGACCUUUGAAGACUGGGAGCCUGGACGGAUUAUCAGCUGCAGACACUGUGAAGAGGACUGGGGAUUCGAGAUUAAAUUCAAGAAAGUGGCAAUUCUCCCCUGUCUUAAAAUAAAGAGCUUCUCCUUUAACACCCCUAAAGAAACAAAGCCUUACAAGAAGUGGAAGGAUGUUGAGUUUCAGGUGACAGAAUUUGACUUUAUUGAGUACAUGAGCAACCGUUUCCCUGACCUGGACUUGUCUGACUGAUACAACAACUCCAUGCCACUGAUUUUACUGAAAUAUGAAAUGAUGUAUACUGAUUAUGCUAAUGCUCCAUCUUGGGUCUUCAUGCAUGUUGGUGACCUUAGUAGAAGUGGAUAGAUGGUUUUAUUCAAAACAUAAUGGGUUGAAAUUCUAGUAUUGUUAUGAAAACCUGGUUUUAAAAUGUUCAAACAUGAAAUUUUUUACUUUUUUCUUUCUGAUAUUAGAAAUGAAGUCUGGAGCAUUUGUCUACAUUCAUUUACAACUUUUUACUUAACAUUUACCACUUUUUCGAACAUGAUUUUCAAAAUAAGCCAUAAAAAAUACUACUGCAACACCCAACUUUGUUUAAAAAAAAGCUAAUUCUCUUUGACUUUUUUUUUCCGGAUUAUUAACAGUCAUGGAGGAUGAAACCUGCAAAAAAUAAUAAAUGAAUAAAUAUGCAAAUAUAUUAAUAAAUGAGUAACUAAAUACAUAAAUUCCUGCAUAAAUAAAACAAUAAAUAUAUAAAUAAAUGUAUAUAAAAUCCACAAAUUUCUGGAUAAAUAAAUAUAUAAGUAAUUAAUAGUGCGGGCAGUUAAAUAAUUGAAUAAAUUACACGAAUGUUGGGGGAAUAAGAAAAUGCUAAACUGAAAGUUUAUCUCUUAUCUCUUAUAUAUACUUUGACAUGUUUUGAAUAAAAGAUGUGACAAACACGAAAUAAAAUAAUUUGGAGAUUCUGCACAGGCAUUGAAAAACAAACAAAAAAUUAUAUUAAAUAAAUAACACACAUAAACAUUGGUUGUGGUAAUGAUACAUAUGUUUCAAAUUAUGCUAAAAACAACAAUCGAAUCGAUAUUAAAUCUUAUGUACAAAAAAAAUGUAUGUACGCAUCAAAAUAUGAACUUAAUGCUUAAUAUUUUUUUCUCUAUGUGUCUGUAUAUUUUAAUUAUUCAUUUUUUAAAUAAAAUUCUUAAGGGUAACAGCCAUCACUGAAGAUUAAAUAGAGCAUAAACAAUAUUUAAAAAAAAAAAAAAAACUGUUUGGCCGAUUUAUAAGCUUAUUAACUAGUCAUCAAGGGCAUCACGGUGGUCUAGUGGGUAGCACGAUCACCUCACAGCAAGAAGGUCACUGGUUCGAGCCCCGGCUGGGCCAGUUGGCAUUUCUGUGUGGAGCAUGUUCUCCCCGUGUUGGCGUGGGUUUCCUCUGGUGCUCCGGUUUCCCCCACAAUGCUGGAUAAGGCGGUUCAUUCCAUUGUGGUGACCCCUGAUUAAUAAAGGACUAAGCCGAAAAGAAAAUGAAUGAAUAACUAGUCAUCAAUGAUAAGUAAUGAUAGUUAAUCUUCUAAAUCGCCUCAAGAUAUUUUCGUUGUAUUUGUUCUAGUGUUUUGCACAUUUUUGAUGAUUUUAUUUAGGGGUAGUGUAAAGGUCAUAAAAAAUAAUAAUUAACCUUACAAAAUGGAAGCCUUAAGCCUACAUUGUCUUCACUUGAAAAAAAAUGUGUGUAUAGGACUACUGUACUGUGUGUCAAAUAUAUUUGUGUGUUACCUUUGAUUAUAUAUACUGUCCAUCUUUGGGAUCAGAACUGUGCUUCUGUCUGAUUUUUAGUUGUUGUUUGACGAUAUUGUGCAAUAAUAUGUCUGUAAAUGCACUCCGAGCUAAUAAUAAUAACCAAACUCUGAUCUCCACCGACAGUGCUUUUAGAUUGUUGGAACAUUUACAUAUAUUCAUUUAACAGAUGCUUUUAUCCUAAGUGACUCGCAAAUGAGGAGAAAUGUGAACGCACUUCAGGAUCUGCGAGCCUUAAUUUGCUGACUGGGUUCAGGUUUGUUUAUGCUGUUUCUCAGGGUAAGAAAAAAAAGUGUAACGUUUGCCCUGUAAAGCAUUUUUACACUGCUACAUAAAAAUACCACAUGUGGUUCUGCUUGUAACAUCUAUAUUAACGUUUUAGAGUAUUUAAUAAAACGGCUAAGUGUUUUAUGUGAUGUGUUUGUGUCUUUGUAAUCGUUAAAUAAGUGUAUACUUCGAGUGUGAAGUAAAAGACGUUGAUAUGUUUUGA